CUGCGGCCAGCGCGGUUGCUAUGACGCUCCGGCCUGAGAAGGCACCUGCGGCUGGCAGCGGAGCAGCGGUGGAGGAGCCGUGCGACUCGGGACUCUCCAAAAGACAAUUUCCGACCUGGUUCCUGAGGUUCCCCCUGUUCCCGCUUCAGCCCCGAGGAGGAAAGCGCCUACUCCCCGUCCCUUUUCGGCAUUCUACGUCUUUCCCGUUCGUCUCCCCACUAUGGCCUGAAACAGGAGAGCCUGUCGUAGCUCUGCCUUUGUAGUCGCGGGCUGGAGUGAAACCGCCUGAAGAAGGGCUCGCCCGUCUCCUGGGACCCAGCCGCCCCAGGCCUUUAGGUUUAGGCUGCCUGUCUUGCUGAGAGAGAGCUUGGAACCCCGUCAGUCAGCUAGGCGGGCGUUCCUUUUCCCACCGCCCAGGCGAAGACUCGGCCCUGCACCGCCAACCGCGCCUGAAGGUCCCGGCCCGGACGAAGUCCUCGGAGCCACGGCUUCCCCUGGUUGUAGGCUGUUUUCUGCCUUUUCGCCUUAGGUUCAUCAUGCGGAACCUUAAUUCCCGAUGAAGCUCUGGAGGCCUUUUGUAUCUUCAGCAUCAGACGUCAUCAAAUAGAUCUGGAGCUUCACAGAGAUGGAUUAUUAUUUAAUGCUAACAAUCCCAUGAGAAUGAAGACAGGCUGAGCACUGCUACCAGAAAUUUAGAAGAGCUUACAGUGAAGCACACGGAAGCAAUGAAAGAAUUAAGAAAUUCAGAUUGCUUGGAAAUCACUCUGCUGUGUUUCAUCAUCUCAGCUCAGAUGGAAAAGUAUGCAAACCGUGUCCAUACCUUAACAGAGGAAAGAGAAACAUUGUCUCACGGUUGUGAAAAGGAAAACAAACAGUUUAGACAUGAGGUUAAAGUGCUCCAACCGAAACAGGAAGUGCAAAUAAAAGAGGUUGAAGAAAUGUUGUAUCAAGAGGGCUUAUCUGAAAUAGCUCUGAGCAGCCCCAGUGAACAGAUUGCAUACUUACUGGUAGAAAGAAGUACACUCUUGCAGAAACUGGAAGCCCGGGGCCCAAAGCCAGAGUCACAAAGGUGUAUGACCAGUAAAUUCCUGAAAGAACAUCCCCAGGAGAACUUUGAACAAAACCACCAGCCUCUGUGGAGAGAACAGGAGAAACAUCAGGAACAUGUGCAGCAGUCUAAAAAAAAUGUGAGAGAGUCCCAUAAUGAAGACCUGGAAAAAGAUAAAACAUCACAAAACUGCCUAGAGAGAAAUGCAGAACAAGUAGCAGAGAGGUUAAGGAUGGCCCAAGAAGAAAUCCGAAGGCUCACUGAUGAGCUACAAGGGAAGGAGAAAGAACAGAGUAAAUUAGACUCUGCACUUAAGAAGGCUCAACUAGAAAUAGAACACUUGAAAGAAAAUUUGAUAAAGUUGAAAGAGAAUGAUUCAAUUGACCUACAGAAAGCAAAGGAACGUAAUCAGAGACUGGAUGAAGAAAUUCUGGCUUUAAGAAAUCGUGUUCGAUCACUUGACUCAGAAAAAAAAGUGCUUGGAGAAGUAGUUGAAAGUCUCAAAGGAAAGAUUCAUGAAUCUCAAGAGAAUAAGCAACUUGGAAACCACUCCCCUGGGAAAACUGUGGGUGCUGAACAGAGAGAACAGAUUUUGAAAAUGAGCCAAGAAAAAAUUGACAUAUUUGAAAGUAAGUUGUCAGAAGAGAGAGAAAGGAGAAAGCAAUCGACAUCUGAUCUUAAUACUGUACAGAAGGCUUUGAAAGUCGAUAGUGAGGAGUUGCAAAAAUCAAGGUCAGAACUUAUAUGCCUUUAUAAUGAAAUUCAAAGUCUUCCAAGGGCAGCAGAAUACAGAGACAAUUAUUUAAUAACAUAUGACCUGCUACAAAGAGAGAAUUCUGAAUUAGAAACAAAGGUCUUGAAGCUUUCACAAGAAUUUGAACAAUUAAAUCAUUUUACUGUAGAGAGAAAAACUGCAGCUACUAAUUUAAUUACAGGUGAAAAUAUCUGUAAAGAUCUUGUGUCUAAAGAACCAAUUUUGGAAGUAGAGAUUCAAAGCCCAAAGGAAGAGGAAAAGGAACUCUGUCCUGAACUAGGAGAAAGUAAGCAGAAGGAAAUUCCUGAGGAGUCAGUAGAGGAGGGCACUUUGCCAAAAGAGAGGCAGGAGGAGGAGGACUCACAACAGAACCAAGAUAUGAAAGGCGGAGAACAACAGUUGACCUUGAAGCCUGAGGAAACUGUGAGGCUUAGAGAAGAGCUGAAUUGUGUAAAUCGGAGCUUCCUUCCACCUCAGAGCUCUGGGGAUAGUUCAGAUGACUGUGGUACCCAGUAUCUAUCAUCUGGAGAAAAACAGAAAUACCAGCAGCAAGAGGAUAUACAACAGCUUCGCCAGAAUUUACACCGGCUCCAGAUUCUGUGCAGCUCAGCCGAAAAAGAGCUCCGGUAUGAGCGAGGAAAGAAUUUGGACUUAAAGCAGCAUAAUAGCUUACUUCAGGAAGAAAACAUUAAGAUCAAAACUGAACUAAAGCAGGCCCAGCAGAAGUUAUUAGAUGGUACAAAGAUGUGCUCUUCACUCACGGCAGAAUGGAAGCACGGUCAGCAGAAAAUCAGGGAACUGGAGCUGGAGGUACUUAAACAGGAUCAGAGCAUUAAAUCACAGGACAACCUGAAGGAAAAGCUGGCUCAAGAGAAAUCAAAAGUCGCUGAUGCAGAGGAAAAGAUUUUGGAUCUGCAGCAGAAAUUAGAAUAUGCUCAUAAAGUCUGUCUCACAGACACUUGUAUUUCGGGAAAGAAGCAACUGGAGGAAAGGAUAAAGGAAGCACUAGAAAAUGAAGCUAAGACAAAGCAACUAUAUCAGGAGGAACAACAGAAGAGGUAUAGGCGUCCUGCAGGAGAAGAUGGCCCCCUCAUCAAGGACCUAAACGGACACCUGGCCCAGGAGCUGGGGAAGGUGAAGGAGGACCCGAGGGAAGGUGGAGAAGUUGCAGGCCUGGCUGUUGCCUCAUGCAGAGGUGAGCAGCAGAUACCUGGUGAUGGGGAUGAGCUACAAAAGCACUUGGUCCGACUUUCCAAGUGUAAAAUCCAAACCGCUUCACUUCCGCCCUCCACCCCCUGCACCAGUAAACUGAGGCUCUUACUCCUUGGAGGCCAUGUGGACCCUAAGGUCUGCCACCCAGUUGGUGUAGCCAAAUUCAUUGUCACACCAGGAAAUGAGCUUGACAAAUUCGUGACUAAGAGCAAUGCCAGCCCCAGCAUCGAAGAUGGAAGAGUGGGUGUCACUGUUAAAGUUGCAAGAGACAACCUGGUCCUCAGUGUAGCCCUGAAUGCCCUUGAGGGGACCCUCCAAUACCUGCUUCACUUUGUCAUAUUUGGCAGCUUUCUCCAGGUGGCAGAUCCACUCCCAGAGUUUACUAUUCUGCGGUUCCGGGAGAGAGCCCUAGGCUUUGCACCUUCGAACAAGUUCCCAGGCGAUGCGGAUGUUGCUGGUCACAACGCAGCUUGGGGAACACUGCUAGACUUCAAUGAGAAACAUCACCACCACAAAGUCAAGCUUGGCCGAGUCAAGAACCUUUUACUUCAGGAAGUAGAGCUGCGAGAAAAGAGAAUUGAGCAUUUGGAAAAUGAAGUCAGAAUCCUGCAGCACCAAGUGGAAAAGGAGAAGGCAUUCCAGGACAAGAUCAUUGCUCAAAAUGAUAUACUGCUCCUAGAGAAAAGGAACCUUCUGGAAAAACUCACAGAGCAAGAAGAAUUAAUCAAGAGCAAUAAAGGGGUAACAUCUUCAGUCCAGAACAAAGUACUUCUCCUGGACAAAGAAAAUAAGCAUUUGCAGGAAACCAGUCUCUGGCUCAAACACCAGGUUGGCUUCUUAGAGAGUAUCAUAAGGAGCAUCCAGAUUCGCAGAGAAGAGGAGACAAAAAUUAGUAACAUCCCUGAAUUUGAAGUAUUUUAUAAAAUCUUGCCCCUUCCAAACUCCAGUUUUUCAGGAACAGGUUUGGUAGAGUCAGAUGGAAGUCUUCAAGGGAUUGAGGAAAAUAAGUCAGAAGAAGCAAUGCCAAACCCCAAGUCCUCCAAGUCUCUUUCAUGUUCACAGAAUUCUAAAGCUGGAUAUGUAAAUGUGCCUUUUCUUAAAGAGACACAUUGCAUCGUAGAAGAAGACCAGAAGUCAGAACUAUAAAAUCAUUGGUGGCUAAACUAGGCUGAUCAAAGCUGCUAACUUAAAGCUUGGGCAUGAAGGUGGAACAUGACAUGGAGAACAGUUACCACAGAUCCUCAUGGGACAUCAACCAGGAGCCUUCAGAAUUGCUGAUAAAUUCAUUAAACCAGUUGUAAAAAUGGAUUUCUCAAGUUUGUUUGAUAUCCUCAAAUAUCCUUGUAUUGAUCAAUAAUAGUGAUUAGUUCAAUGGUUUAAUUAGGUUUCUGUUCAGCAGAGCAUACAUAGGCUAAUUCAGCACGUUUUUACUAUUAUGGGUAUUAUUCAUUUUUUAAAAGUUAAAAACAAUGUAAUCAUAUUAAAGCAAAUACUUUAAAAAGAAAAAGAUAUCUCCUAUAAUCCUGCAUUCUCAACACAACUAUUUUCAUUUAUUCCUUUUGGUUAUUCAAAUGUAUAUAUUUUAAAUGGUUGUUGUAUUGUAUGUUCAUUUUCAUGGUCUGAUUUUUAGUUUAAUAUAAUACAUUUUCCUGUAUUUCAACAGUCUUCAUAACUAUUCUUUCAAUAGCCACACGAUAUCCUAUCAUGUUGAUGUUCCAUAAAUUCUGUUGUUUGCA